GUAGCUUGCACUCUUACUCCUUCACGCACCACACGGUUCUCUUUCUCUGCUUCUGCUAGGGUUCCAUCGCAUUUCAUUGUCACUGCUACUGCUGCAUUUCAACUUCCUCAGUGCAGAUGCCAGAAUUUUGAUCAGAAUCGGAAUCUCCACUUUCCUCUCUUUGUCGGCGAAGAGUGAGGGAAAAAGAGUUUGAUCGGAAUGUCAUCGUCGUCGUCGUCCAGAGGAGCGGGGCCUUCGGAGCCUCAGCCGAGGCGGAUCACGCGGACGCAGACGGCGGGGAACCUGGGAGAGUCGAUAUUUGACAGUGAGGUUGUGCCAUCCUCUCUCGUCGAGAUUGCUCCCAUUCUUCGUGUUGCUAACGAAGUUGAAAAGACGCAUCCCAGGGUUGCUUAUCUUUGCCGUUUUUACGCCUUUGAGAAAGCUCAUAGGUUGGACCCCACUUCCAGUGGUCGUGGAGUUCGCCAAUUCAAAACCGCCCUUCUUCAACGCCUUGAAAGAGAAAAUGAUCCAACUCUGAAGGGAAGGGUAAAGAAAAGUGAUGCUCGUGAGAUGCAGAGUUUUUAUCAGCAUUACUACAAAAAAUAUAUCCAAGCUUUAGAAAAUGCUGCUGAUAAAGCUGACCGUGCACAGCUUACCAAGGCAUAUCAGACGGCUAAUGUUCUUUUUGAGGUUUUGAAGGCUGUUAACAUGACACAGUCUAUGGAAGUUGAUCGUGAGAUUUUGGAGACCCAAUAUGAAGUUGCUGAGAAAACAGAGAUCUUAGUCCCUUAUAAUAUUCUUCCUCUUGAUCCUGACAGUGCUAAUCAGGCUAUCAUGAAAUUUCCUGAGAUCCAAGCUGCUGUUUAUGCUCUUCGUAACACUAGGGGUCUUCCUUGGCCCAAGGACUACAAGAAGAAAAAGGAUGAAGACAUUUUGGAUUGGCUUGGGUCAAUGUUUGGAUUUCAGAAACACAAUGUUGCAAAUCAGAGAGAGCAUUUGAUCUUAUUACUUGCUAAUGUUCACAUAAGACAAUUUCCGAAGCCUGAUCAGCAACCAAAGUUGGAUGAGCGUGCUCUGACAGAAGUGAUGAAGAAAUUGUUCAAGAAUUACAAAAAGUGGUGCAAGUAUUUGGAUCGGAAAAGUAGCCUUUGGUUACCAACCAUACAGCAAGAAGUACAGCAGCGCAAACUACUAUAUAUGGGUCUUUAUCUUCUAAUAUGGGGUGAAGCUGCCAAUCUAAGAUUCAUGCCAGAAUGCCUUUGUUAUAUAUAUCACCAUAUGGCUUUUGAAUUGUAUGGUAUGCUUGCUGGGAAUGUCAGUCCAAUGACUGGAGAGAAUGUCAAGCCAGCAUAUGGAGGUGAAGAGGAGGCUUUUCUAAGGAAAGUGGUCACUCCUAUCUAUAACGUGAUUGCUAAGGAAGCUGCACAGAGCAAAAAGGGAAGGUCUAAGCAUUCACAAUGGAGGAACUAUGAUGAUUUAAAUGAAUAUUUCUGGUCUGCUGAUUGUUUUCGGUUAGGUUGGCCAAUGCGUGCUGAUGCUGAUUUCUUUUGUCAACCUCUUGAGAAGCUGGGUUUUGAUAAAUCUAACGAUGACAAGCCACCUAACAAAGACAGAUGGGUUGGGAAAGUGAAUUUUGUUGAGAUAAGAUCAUUUUGGCAUAUUUUCAGAAGUUUUGACCGUAUGUGGAGUUUUUUCAUUCUGUGUUUACAGGCUAUGAUUAUUGUUGCCUGGAAUGGAUCUGGGAAUCCAACUGUAAUCUUUAAUGGUGAUGUGUUCAAGAAGGUGUUGAGUGUGUUUAUAACAGCAGCUAUAUUGAAGCUUGGUCAAGCUGUUCUUGAUGUGAUCCUAAGUUGGAAAGCCCAACGGAGUAUGUCGCUGUAUGUUAAGUUGAGAUACAUUCUAAAAGUUGUUUCAGCUGCAGCAUGGGUGAUUGUUCUGUCAGUUACUUAUGCGUAUACAUGGGAUAAUCCUCCUGGGUUUGCUCAAACCAUUAAAAGUUGGUUUGGAAGUGGUUCAAGUGCUCCUUCAUUGUUUAUUUUGGCUGUUGUUGUCUACCUAUCACCGAAUAUGCUUGCUGCUAUAUUCUUUCUGAUCCCUUUUAUUCGGCGGCAUCUUGAAAGGUCAAACUAUAGAAUUGUGAUGCUAAUGAUGUGGUGGUCACAGCCUCGUUUGUAUGUUGGUAGGGGAAUGCAUGAGAGCACAUUUUCCCUUUUCAAGUACACAAUGUUUUGGGUCCUCCUUAUAAUUACGAAGUUGGCUUUCAGUUAUUAUAUAGAGAUAAAACCUCUGGUGGGACCUACACAAGCUAUAAUGAGUGUAAAAAUAUCGACUUUCCAGUGGCAUGAGUUCUUUCCUCAUGCUAGGAACAAUAUUGGCGUUGUAAUUGCACUUUGGGCUCCAAUUAUUCUGGUAUACUUUAUGGAUACUCAAAUUUGGUAUGCCAUAUUCUCAACCUUAUUUGGUGGAAUUUAUGGUGCCUUUCGUCGGCUUGGGGAGAUACGAACACUUGGAAUGCUUAGGUCUCGUUUUCAAUCAUUGCCCGGUGCCUUCAAUGCCAGUUUGAUUCCAGAAGAAACAAAUGAGCCAAAGAAAAAAGGCUUAAAAGCCACUUUAUCUCGUAGAUUUGCUCAGAUCCAAUCUAACAAGGAGAAGGAAGCAGCAAGGUUUGCACAGUUGUGGAACCAAAUAAUUACUAGUUUCAGAGAGGAAGAUCUUAUUAGUGAUAGGGAAAUGGACCUUUUGCUUGUACCAUAUUGGGCUGAUACUCAAUUGGAUCUAAUACAAUGGCCCCCCUUUCUACUUGCUAGCAUGAUUCCAAUUGCACUAGAUAUGGCUAAGGACAGCAAUGGAAAGGAUCGAGAGCUGAAAAAGAGAAUUGCAGCUGACAACUACAUGUCUUGUGCUGUUCGUGAGUGCUAUGCUUCCUUUAAGAGCAUUAUUAUGCACUUGGUUCAAGGGGCACGAGAGACACCGUUUAUAGAGGCCAUGUUCAAAGAAGUAGACAAACAUAUUGAGACAGGUACAGUGAUAAGUGAAUUCAGAAUGAGUGCACUUCCUAGCCUCUAUGGACAGUUUGUCCAGCUAAUCAAAUAUUUGUUGGAAAAUGAUCCAAAAGAUAGAGACCAAGUUGUGAUUCUAUUCCAAGACAUGCUGGAGGUUGUGACUAGAGAUAUAAUGUUUGAGGAUCAGGAUCCUAUAUUCAGUAGUUUGGUAGAUUCAAGCCAUGGUGGUUCUGGACACGAGGGGAUGCUUCACCUUGAGCCAGAGCCACAGCACCAAUUGUUUGCAUCUGAAGGAGCUAUCAAGUUUCCAAUUGAACCAGUUACAGCAGCUUGGACAGAGAAGAUUAAAAGACUUUACUUGCUGCUUACAACAAAAGAGUCUGCCAUGGAUGUACCUUCUAACUUAGAAGCCAGAAGGCGCAUUUCUUUCUUCUCAAAUUCGUUGUUUAUGGACAUGCCUAUGGCACCAAAAGUUCGCAACAUGCUUUCAUUCUCGGUUUUAACACCAUACUAUACAGAAGAGGUUCUCUUCUCCUUACAUGAUUUGGAUUCACAAAAUGAAGAUGGUGUUUCAAUACUGUUCUACUUGCAAAAGAUUUUUCCUGAUGAGUGGAGCAACUUUCUUCAGCGAGUGAAGUCUACUGAGGAGGACAUUAAAGGGAGUGAAUCUGAUGAGUUGGUAGAAGAACUUCGUCUUUGGGCAUCAUAUAGAGGGCAAACUUUGACUAGAACUGUAAGAGGUAUGAUGUAUUAUAGAAAAGCUUUGGUACUCCAGGCUUUUCUUGACAUGGCCAAUGACGAAGAUUUGAUGGAAGGUUAUAAAGCCAUAGAAAAUUUGGAUGACAAUUCAAGGGGGGGAAGGUCAUUGUGGACACAAUGUCAAGCAGUAGCUGAUAUGAAAUUCACAUAUGUGGUAUCAUGCCAACAAUAUGGCAUUGACAAGCGAUCUGGUUCUGCUCGUGCACAGGACAUAUUACGGCUUAUGACAAGAUAUCCUUCACUUCGAGUUGCCUACAUUGAUGAGGUAGAGGAACCUGUCAAAGACUCUAAGAAAAAGAUCAAUAAGGUUUACUACUCUUGCUUGGUGAAGGCUAUGCCAAAAUCCAGUAGUUCUUCAGAGCCUGAGCAGAAUCUGGAUCAGGUCAUAUAUAAAAUAAAGCUUCCUGGACCAGCGAUUUUGGGUGAGGGUAAGCCUGAAAAUCAGAAUCAUGCCAUAAUUUUCACACGUGGAGAGGGCUUGCAAACAAUAGAUAUGAACCAGGAUAACUACAUGGAAGAAGCUUUGAAAAUGAGAAAUUUGUUGCAAGAAUUUCUAAAGAAGCAUGAUGGUGUUCGGUUCCCAAGUAUUCUUGGACUUAGGGAGCAUAUAUUUACUGGAAGUGUUUCUUCCCUUGCAUGGUUCAUGUCAAAUCAGGAGACAAGUUUUGUGACAAUUGGUCAGAGAUUGUUGGCUAAUCCUCUGAAGGUUCGUUUCCAUUAUGGUCAUCCUGAUGUCUUUGAUAGGCUGUUUCACCUGACAAGAGGGGGUGUCAGUAAAGCCUCCAAGGUUAUCAAUCUAAGUGAAGAUAUUUUUGCUGGCUUCAACUCCACACUCCGUGAAGGAAAUGUUACUCAUCAUGAGUACAUACAAGUAGGGAAGGGAAGAGAUGUGGGUCUCAAUCAGAUUUCUAUGUUUGAAGCUAAAAUAGCUAAUGGCAAUGGAGAGCAAACACUAAGUCGAGAUGUAUACCGACUUGGGCACCGUUUUGACUUCUUCAGAAUGUUGUCUUGUUAUUUCACCACAAUUGGAUUUUAUUUCAGCACUCUUAUAACUGUGCUCACUGUAUAUGUAUUCCUAUAUGGUCGCCUCUAUCUUGUUCUCAGUGGGCUUGAAGAAGGUCUGAGCACCCAAAAAGCCAUUCGAGACAAUAAGCCUCUUCAAGUGGCUCUUGCUUCUCAGUCAUUUGUUCAAAUUGGGUUUUUGAUGGCCUUGCCCAUGUUGAUGGAAAUCGGUUUGGAAAGGGGCUUUCGAACUGCACUUAGUGAGUUCAUAUUAAUGCAACUACAGCUGGCCCCAGUAUUCUUCACAUUUUCGCUUGGGACAAAGACUCACUAUUUUGGUAGAACAUUGCUUCAUGGAGGUGCAAAAUAUAGACCCACUGGUCGAGGGUUUGUGGUUUUCCAUGCUAAGUUUGCUGACAACUAUAGACUUUACUCUCGUAGUCACUUUGUCAAGGGUAUUGAGCUCAUGAUAUUGCUUGUUGUAUAUCAAAUUUUUGGUCAUACUUACAGAAGUGCUGUUGCAUAUGUCUUGAUUACCAUAUCAAUGUGGUUUAUGGUGGGUACCUGGCUGUUUGCUCCCUUUUUGUUCAAUCCUUCUGGGUUUGAAUGGCAAAAAAUUGUUGAUGAUUGGACUGAUUGGAAUAAAUGGAUUAGUAAUCGAGGGGGUAUAGGUGUACCACCCGAAAAAAGUUGGGAAUCUUGGUGGGAAGAAGAACAAGAACAUCUCCAAUAUUCAGGAAUGCGGGGAAUCAUAGUGGAAAUAUUGUUAUCAUUGCGAUUUUUUAUCUAUCAGUAUGGUCUUGUAUACCACUUAAAUAUUACGAAGAAAAGCCAAAAAAGUUUUCUGAUCUAUGGCAUUUCAUGGUUGGUGAUAUUUGUAAUAUUGUUUGUGAUGAAGACGGUGUCUGUUGGGAGGCGUAAAUUCAGUGCAAAUUUUCAACUUGUCUUCCGAUUAAUCAAGGGUUUGAUAUUCCUCACUUUUGUCUCGAUUCUUGUCACUUUGAUUGCCCUUCCGCAUAUGACAUUGCAGGACAUAGUUGUUUGCAUUCUUGCCUUCAUGCCAACUGGUUGGGGAAUGCUGCAGAUUGCUCAAGCAUUAAAACCUGUAGUACGCCGGGCUGGGUUUUGGGGAUCAGUAAAAACUCUUGCUCGCGGUUAUGAGAUUGUAAUGGGUUUGCUUUUGUUCACUCCUGUUGCUUUUCUGGCCUGGUUUCCAUUUGUUUCAGAAUUUCAGACCCGCAUGCUGUUCAACCAAGCAUUCAGCAGAGGUUUGCAAAUUUCUCGUAUUCUCGGGGGUCAACGGAAGGAGCGCUCUUCUCGCAACAAAGAAUAGUUCGUCCAUCUGAAGGCUUAAUUAUUAGGAGCUCGAAAUUCUUGGUUGCACUAUUAGCUGCAGCAAGAUUUUCUGUAGCAAUUGUAAGUAGUUGUAGCUACGAAUAGACACAUUCUACGCAUCGCUUUCGAUAUAGCAUUGGAUUAUCACUGUCAAGCAUUAAAGUUAAUUUGGUUUGAAUUUGGCUUCA